AUCCCGCCUCUUCUGCUCUGUUUCUUCUUCUUUUUCUUUAUUACUCAUUAAACCACAAAAAAAAUGGCAAUUGCUUGGUCUGAGAAAGCUUCAUCAAUGGAGGUUCUGGCUAUGCCGCCUCCUCUAUCACCACCCGUCAUCCUAACCCAAGACGAGUUGAAGAAAAUCGCCGCCUACAAAGCCGUCGAGUUCGUCGAAUCCGGCAUGAUUCUGGGUCUCGGCACCGGUUCAACAGCCAAACACGCCGUGGAUCGAAUCGGCGAGUUGCUCCAUCUAGGCAAGCUCAAAAACAUCGUUGGGAUACCCACUUCUAAGAAAACACAAGAACAAGCUCUCUCACUAGGCAUCCCGCUCUCGGAUCUCGACAACCACCCCAUCAUCGACUUAGCCAUCGACGGCGCCGACGAAGUCGACCCGUAUCUCAACCUCGUAAAAGGCCGAGGCGGGUCACUUUUACGAGGAAAAAUGGUGGAAGGAGCUUGUAAGAAAUUCGUCUGCAUCGUCGACGAAUCCAAAUUGGUUAAGCAUUUGGGCGGCAGUGGUUUAGCCAUGCCGGUCGAAGUCGUCCCGUUUUGCUGGAAAUUCACCGCAAAUAAACUCCGAGAAAUGUUCGAGGAUUCGGGUUGCGUAGCUCAGCUGAGGAAUGAUUGUAAAGGGGAGCCAUUUGUGACUGAUAAUGGGAAUUAUAUUGUGGAUUUGUAUUUGAAGAAAGAGAUGGGGGAUUUGCGGGUGUCGAGCGAUGCUAUUCUUAGGAUUGCUGGUGUUGUUGAACAUGGAAUGUUUCUUGACAUGGCUACUACUGUUAUUGUUGCCGGUGAGCUUGGAAUCACUACAAAAAACAAGUAGGAUUUCACAUUGUUCAAAUAC